GAAGCCUACCAGGUCUGAGAGCUGAGCGUCUAGGACUCACCUCGCAGACCGGGCGACUCCGCCUCCAGCCGCUGCUUCGGCUCGUCUCGCCUCAGACCCGGCGCUGGAAUUCAUUAAAUAUUAUUAAGGAAUACAGGCAACAUGUUCUACACACAUGUGCUUAUGAGUAAGCGAGGGCCAUUGGCCAAAAUCUGGCUUGCAGCUCACUGGGAGAAGAAACUCACAAAGGCCCAUAUAUUUGAAUGUAAUCUAGAGAUAACCAUUGAAAAAAUUCUUUCUCCUAAGGUGAAAAUUGCACUGCGAACUUCAGGACACCUUCUUUUGGGAGUUGUUCGAAUCUAUAAUAGGAAGGCAAAAUAUCUUUUGGCAGAUUGCAGUGAAGCCUUGCUUAAAAUGAAGAUGACAUUUCGCCCAGGAUUGGUUGACCUUCCAAAGGAGAGUUUUGAAGCGGCAUACAGUGCUAUCACAUUGCCUGAAGAAUUUCAUGAUUUUGACACCCAGACUAUGAAUGCUAUUGAUGUUUCAGAAUGCUCUAUUCAGAACCAAAGCAAACCAGAAGAAAUCACACUUAGAGAAGAUUAUGGCAAUGAUCUACUUUUCCACGCUGGAAGCUUUGGGGAGGAACCUGAAAUUCUCAGAAGACAUAGCUUAUUUGAUGACAACAUAUUGCUGAGUUCCAGUGGUCUUUUACUUGAACAUAGUUCUGAAAGCCCCAUUGGAGAAAAAUCUCUGUUCUGUGGCAGUGGAGAUGGAUUUGGAGAUGAAGGAGCUGCAGGAGAAAUGAUUGAGACCUCCAUGAUGGAAGAGCCAAAUUCCCUGCAAGAGUUAAGUCAACCUAAAACUUGGAAGGAAGUGACUGAUGGAUCAAAAUGUAGUUCUCAUGAGGAUACCAAUAAAAACAUUAACUCUGAUCAGGAUAUUGUUGAAAUGGUGUCUUCAGCUGCUGAGGAAUCAUCUUCAACAAAUGCCAUCUUGGCACAGGAAAUUGAAAAUUGUCCAAUGGAAUUGGAAUCAUGGGGGAAUGAACAAAGCAUUGAAGCAGAAAGAUGGAAUUCAAGAAUACUUAAGAUGUUACAUAGUUUGCAGGAAUCCAACAAGAUGGGAAUGCAGUACUUUAGUCUGAUGAAGCUCUGCAGAAAUAGUGACCGAAAACAAACUGCUGCCAAAUUUUAUAGCUUUCUUGUCCUAAAAAAACAGCAGGCUAUUGAGCUGAGCCAGAGUGCUCCCUAUGCAGAUAUUAUAGCUACAGUGGGACCAAUGUUCCAUAAAAUGUGAAGGAAAUCCAGAACAUGCAGAUUUAUGUCAUCAUUGGAAUUUCUGUAUAGAUUGUUCAGUUUAAUGCAAAAGCCGUCUGGAAGCAGCUGAAGGUCUGAUCCGUUUCGUAGAUAGGUUGAGUUCAUAUUUCAUAGAUAGAUAGGUUGAGCUCAUAUUUCCUCUUUGUAAGUUCAGAGUAAUCAUAGACAUAAUUAAAAACCUAUAUGCUUCCAGAUAUAAUUGUAGCUAAGUAAUAUUUUUAACUUAGUUGACUUGAAUGCAUAUCAUUUACCAUUUCCUUGACUUGAAUGUUGCAUUUAGGAUACAGUUUAAAAAUACUUUGUGUCUUCAAGGAUUUUUAUAAAGU